AGGCUAUGCAGACGGAGCGUGAGAAGCUGCUGGCUUCAAACCGUAGAUUGGCUGAAGAGAAUCUUUCUCUGCAGCCUCAGCUAGAAUACAACAAACAACACCUGGCAGGCCGAUACAAACAACUGGAAAAAAUGCUGGCAGAAUACCAGGAGUCACAGUGUAGAAUGGAGAAAUACCAGGAAAGAUGCAAUCCGAAGGUGGCCUUAGCUGUCUUGCGGUCAGAACUAGAUAACUCCGAAGAUGAAUCUGAGGGUCUGAUGGAGGAAUUUCUGCAGCAUAACCUUCCACUGGAAACAUUCUUAGCCAAAUUUCAGAAUGCCAGAAAGAUUUCCCACAUAAGGAGAACACAGUUCGAAAAACUACAGGAGCUAAUCAAAAAGGAUGAAGCAGAACAGAGCCAGCAACAACAGUCUAGACCUCCAAUGGCUAAUCAACCAAGCUCUGUACAAACAGGACCUCUGAGCUCUCACAAUGGAGCAGUGCCACGGUUUAUCCAGCUAAGGUAUGGCUUCACUCCUGCCAUACUGAUUCCUUCCCAGGCUGUGGCUCCCUUCCCUGUGCCAGCUGCUCCUCCCAGUAAAAAUCUGCCUCCAUUGGUCAGCCAGCCUGGCCAGUGUCACUCUUCCCGUCCUGCUACUCCAUAUGGAGGACAAAGCAUACCUUGCUCAGGCCUACGGCUUAUAGGACAUAUUCCAGUUCUUGCCCCAAGACCUUUCAAAGUGCAGCAGUUGCACCGCCCACCACAGUCUCAUCAACGACCACCAUAUCGAUAAUGUAAAAUCUGCUUUCCAGACUUAAAGAUGUUACUGGGAGUGUAACACAGUUGGUGGCUGUGAGAAAAAGGGCUGAAGGAGGAACUGUGUUUUCCUCUGAUGAAAGCCGUCUUCAAACCCUUUAUUCAGCUGCCUCAAUAAAGAAUUCUAAAAUGUACAAUGAUGCACUGGUUGCAUGCUACAACAGAGCUGCAUUCUGUGGAAGAUGCUAAUGACAUGUACAGUGGAAACUAAGAUGUUUUUCUGGACUCCUUGUCUUCUUCAGCUCCUGAAUUUCUAAAUUUGGAUUGUUGUUCUGUGUGCUAUACUCCAGAAAGGUUGUCUGAGAGCAAGGCUAACUUGAAAAGCUGUGAGACCGUCAUUAGCAUGAAAUGGCCCAGAGACUUGGAGUCAGUUUGGUAGGCCCUGUAAACAGAAUGAGUGUAUUUGUCCUUGAGACUGGAGGUGAAUGGACUGAUCUUCAGAGCUCUCUGGUUUACUUAGUGAAUGAAGGAAAUCUAAUUAGACUAAAUAUCACAUAAGGAUGACUGGCCCCUUCAUUAACAUGAAGCUUUCUUAUGUAAAUCUCCAGCGAUACCAUGUGCUUUUACAGCCCAAGGCAUUUGCAGCCUUGUGCGAAAUAUUAAUUCCUAUUUAGUGUGCAGAACAUCACUUCAAGUGGUGACUGAACAAGCAGGUACUGUGUACAUUCUAGCAGAUGCGGUGUAAUGGUAGACUGGUGAGAGAAUGCAUCAGAAUGGAAUUUGGUAUAUUUCUUUGGGUAGAGUGCAGGCAAGUAGCACUGAGUACACUAAAGAACCAGCUGAUAUUCAGCGUACUGUACAGUGGGCUGUUUUAGAGUCAUGUAGAGAUCAUAGUGCACUGAAUUGAUACAGAUUUUGUUUCUAUGUAGGCUGGCAGAAUGGUCAUAUCACUUUGGACUGGCACAAAGUAGCUUACAGGUGAGCAGCAAGUAGUUUUCUGAACUGGACAGUAGUUCUAGUCUACAAAUACAUAGUGCACUGAACAGUUGCAAAGCACAUUGCAGGUGGUAGAUGUGAAACACUGUUAAUGAGUGAAUGCAGUGGAUAUAGUGCAUCAGAUUGGUAUACAGUGUAUUACAGGAGGUACUGGAUGUCUUAAACUAAUACAGUGCACUGAACACAGAGUAUGGAACAGGUAGCGAAGUGCUGAUGUCAAGUAGGGGAUACUAUGCAACAGGUAUAAAAGUAAACAGAUAUAAGUUAUUAUAUUUUGUAACUGAUUUAUUUUUUAAGUAGCACUUCCCUCUGUUAUCAUGAGCUACACACUAGUAAGUGUAGUAUGUGGGGUAUUCUGAAGUUGGAAUAAUGCAGUAAUGACUUGCACUUUAGUAGGUACAAUGCAUGCUGGUGAGAUUAAUAAGUAAAGAGCAGGGGCAACAUGUGCUGGCAUUGUGUAGCAUGCACUGAAUGGAAUGUAUUAUACUGCAAUAACCAUAAAACUGUGUACUGCUAAUGCUUGUAUUGCAGUGGGACAGUACAGUUCAUACCACUUCACAGCAUAAAAUAGUGGUAUGGUAUAUUACAGGGGACACUGGGUGCAGUGGGCUGGAAUGGUUCACACUGUAGUGAAUAUGAUUCACUGUCUAACAUGGAAGCGUUAAGAUAUAUCAGGCUGUAAAGCUUGGAAAGCAGACGUUACAGUACAAUAAGUAUGAAUACUGUGCAGUGUGAGAGAUGGCAGAUGUGAAACACUGUUAAUGAGUGAAUAUAGUGGACAUAGUGCAUCAGAAAUGGCAUACAGUGUAUUACAGGGGGUACUGGGGACAGUGAAGCACCUUGAGAUUAAAGCAGUGGAUGCACUAUAAUAUUCAUUUUUGUGACACUGCAGUGGUAAGGUGAUGAUAGUCAGGAAAGUGUAGCAGGUGGGUGUAAGGUGAAAGGGAGUGAGUUUGUACUGUGAAAAUUGCAGUACCUACUACAGUGACAUGGCAUGGUGUAUGCUGCAGUGAGCAUAGUGGACUGGGCAUGGGCUGCUUUGCACUGAAUGCAGUAGUGUUGGCUGCCAUGAGUUUGGCUGAGUAUAGUAGAUUGAUACUUGAUGAAUUGCAGCAGAAUAGCACAUUAAACAGAUAGUAAAUGUUCUCCACUGCCCACUGUGGACUGAAAUUAUGUAGUUCACUAUGACAGCAGGACAGUACAUAUGUUUGUUAUGUGUUGCCAUAUGAGAAGCAUAAAAGAGUUGGGUAUUUUGUAAAUGUAAACAAGAGACCACUAUGGUAUGCAUUUGACUGAGCACUGAAACACUACAAUGACUAGUUCAUUGAGCUGGGAUGAGCAACAUGUGGAAUUUAUCUGGUAUUAAGUACACUGAAUUUUACUCUGAUUAGUGGACUGCCCUUACAUUAUGUGCAUUGGUAGGGCAUAGUUUAAAGGAUAUAUACUACAUGCAGUCUAAUAAGUAUACUACCUUAGAAUGGUACAGUGUACAUUACAGUGGACUUAACAUAAUGGAUUGCUGCAGAUUAUAGUAAGCACACACAGAGCUGCAGACUCAAACUGUGUGAAGUAAAAGGGAUACCAUUGUAGAUACUUAAUGGAAAUACCAAGCAAGGUUCAAGAUAAAGACAUGGGAGUCAUUAAAGAGGGCACAUGAUAUCAGACACAUAUGAGUUACACUGCACUGUAGUCCAAAGGCAGACACUGUGUUUUAUAUGAUUUUUAUGUCCCCUAUGUCUACCUGUCUGCCAUGAUGACAUCUAGACAGCUGUUUGUGGUGUGGCUGUCAUCCAGGCAGCCAUGAGGGAUAUUUCAUUUUACUAGUGUACCUCCUUUCCAGUGGGUAAUAUGAAGAUCUGCUACACCUUUCCAUGUGGAUAUGUGUAUUCCUGCCUACAAACCAAAAAGGCUGCCAUGUAGACAUGGUUUGGCAGAGGAAAGCACACACCCCAGCCCAUAGUGUCACAUACAGUACAAAUGUUUUCUGGAUGUGUCAGAUUGCAGAAGGUUGGACUAACUCCCUCACAUGUAUAGCUUCUUCCUUCCUCCCCUCAAGACAGGCAGCAGCUUGAGGUCAGCCACUCACUUCCAUCUUCCCCUGCCCAGUUCAUGCAGAGUCUUAUCUCUGUCUCAUGUUAUCUGCGUUGUAGUCAAGGCUUCAGCCCUGUGUUCCACUGAGCCAGGAAGAGUCAGCCAUUGCUUUAGGCAACACACAGACUACCCACAAGCAGCAUUAAAUUUUAAAAAAAGUUUUAAUAAAGUACCUUCAAGGCUAUAUUAUAUCUCUCUUUUCUUUUGUUUAGUCUUGGUACUAGGCUCCUGCUAUGCAGCCAUAGUUGGGAAUUACAUGUUCCUUACUAUGGCCAUUGUGAAGCCUUUUAUAUGGGAAUAUGUAUUAGCAAACAUAGUAUGGUGCAGUAGACUGUUUUUCUGCAAACCACUGAUUGUAUAAGUAGGCUGGCAUAGAAGGCACUGCACUGGAUUUGCUGUAGCAAACUGAAAAUACUUUAAUGCAGGCAGGUAUAGCCUUACCCUGAAAUGCAUAUCAUAUUUCUGAGUGUUGUAUGUAUAUCAUAUUGUAUAGUGUUUACAGUGUAUGUAGUUCACUGGACUAAAGAGCACGUAUGCAGAGAUCGUAGUGCCUAGAAAUACUGAUAUGGGGUAAUUAAACAGGUAGCUGCAGUGUCAUAAUCUCAUAUAGGCUGCACUUUAAUGGACAUCGUGCACUGCAAUGUAUUAACAUAGUGUACAUUAUUUGGUUAGGAUAUAAAAGACUCAUGCAGAGAACGAUGCUGUAAAGACUGGAAUGCUGAGGUAUGUGCAUGCUGUGAAUGAGCAAUAUUGCAUUUGGCUAAAUUGGUGUAGUUCACGGGUCAUCACAUAGAAGGAUGUUAUGGAGUCUGUUGUAGUUUUAAAUAUAUAUAUAUAUAUAUAUAUAUAUAUAUAUAUAUAUAUCUCAGAAGACUAAUGUGUAUGUCAAAAUGGUUUAGUCUAGGAUCACCGAGCAUAGUGCUGUAUGGUGAUGAUGCAUUAAAUUGGAUAAUAUGCAACAUUUCCGUAGUGUUUAUGCCACACUGGAGUUGUAUUUGGUCACUUCAAAAAUCAUGGAAACUGACAGCUGACAUGGUGGUGUUGAUUUGCAUGGAGUGCAUAGUAGUAGUGGGCAUAAUGAGGCUGCCUGAUUGGAGAUUCCUUAUACUGGGCACGCCACAUCAGAAUGCUAUAGCACAUGUUGGGCUAAAAUAAUGCACAUGACUGUGGUCAGAGAACAAAUCAUUACUGUGAUACAAGUGUAGUGAAAUGUAAGCACUGCACUGCAGUGGAUACAGUGUAGCAGAUUAGUGUGAUUUUUGUAGUGGAUAGUAUAGUGGUAUUUGGCACACUAAAGCUUAGGUAGUGUAGUGGGCACUUUAGAAUUGCUUGUUUUCAUUGGCUUUACACCAAGGCUAUAGUGACUUGUGCAGCUGAUGAAUCCUCAGAACUUAAAAAUGGAAAAGGUUUAGUGAACCGUUAUGGCAUACAGUGUGAUGGGCAUAGUGCAGUCUACUACAGAACACAAUGCUAAAGUCAUGGUGUCCAGUAUAUUAACAUAGUUGUAUGUCCACUACAGAGCCUGUCCAGCUUAACAUACAUACAGUGGAUCACUCACUUGAGGGUGCUCCUAUCCUUCACUUUCUGACAGUCACUUUUGUUUCUACUUAGGGAGCAAUCAUGGAAUUAUGAAUUUAAUGCAUAUACACACACACACACACACACACACAUGCACGCAUACUGUUCUACUCAAAUCCAUCUGUACCUAUUGACAAUGCACUGCACAACCCAUGAAAGGAAAGUGAGGCAGAGAGAGGCGAGAUAAUCAAUCCAUGUGUGUGUGUGUGUGUGAGUGUGUGUGAGUGUGUGUGAGUGUGUGUGAGUGUGUGUGUGUGUG